ACUGGGUGUGGCCAGCAAGUUGCUAUCGUGCAGUAGGGAGCUCCCUUCUCUGGAUUACAAUGGCAGCGUUUUCGAAAACAGAUAUUGCCUUUAUACGCUCUCAGUUUAAUCGUUUGGAUAGGGAAAAUUUUGGCUCGCUGGACGUGCCGGCAAUCAAGCGAGCUGUUGAGUAUUGCUGGGUAGUAGCAGGUCUGAAGGACAAGCCGCAGCCGCAAGAGAUCGAGAGUGCAUUUCAGGCUCAUCAGCAAAAUCAAAGAGUCAAUUUGAGUCAAUUUAUUUUGGUUUUGCAGUUGUUGAAAACUAGACAACGAAAUAGGAGAACAGUUCAAACCUCUGAGAGCACAAAAUGGGAUACUGUAAAGAGAGGAGGGGUUUCUACAGCUAAAAGAGUAGGUCGAUUUUUUGGUGUCUCAAAUGACAAAGUAGAAGGAGCGCCAAGUGACAUGGAAAUAUGGAAGUUCAAAAUGGAGGAAAGAGCCAAGGCAGGGGAUGUUGGAGUAAAAGGAGUUGGCUUGGCUCAUCUGACUAGUACUCUUCACCGGAAGCAGUUUUCAUCUCACGUCGAUCAAAGUAUUCAAAUGGAUUUACUAUAUGAUAAUCAACAGUCUAGUUCUUUGCAUGAUGUGGUGCUGUCUGAUUUUCAAUCACAAAGUCAACAUACUAGUCCUGAAACUGUCCAAGUUGAUGUUCAUUCAUCACACAUUCCUUCUCAACCGGCUGUCCAAGGAGUUCCAUCAAUUCAAGCUGUACGUCCUCGUGCAGUUGUUAGUGCACCUGAACUACAGCCUAUUACUCAAUCUGGUGAACAAUUAUCUGUCCAGAGUCGACAUGGAAAGGAAAGCCAGUUCAUUAGUGAUGCUAAAGAAGCCAUGGCAUAUUACAGGCGUAGAGUGAGAGAAGAGGAAGAAGAAAAAAGAAACAAAGAAGAAUGGUUUGGAUAUGACCAGCAGAAUCUCCUUGAGUCAACUACAGAACGAAAACAGUCUAGAGGUGAUGGUGCUAAGAAGGUUGAUACAUUGGUCAGAAUUCAAUUGGAAUCUCUUCCAAGUUUCUUUCCAAUAUUUGUAAUUCUUGUGAGUGUUGGGCAGUUGAUUGCUUUUGGUGUGACGGCUUACCUUGGUGGCUUUGCUCCAAUUGGUUUUGGAGCUGAGAAUAUGACAGAUGUCUUCUCAUCACCAGAACCACCAUACGAGAAAAAUUUCACUCAUCAAGUUUCUAAAAAUUUGUGGAUUGGACCAGAUGCACGCUAUCUUAUUCAUGUUGGAGCUAAGUUUACUCCAUGUAUGAGGAAGGAUCACAAGAUAUUUUCAGGGUAUGCUGCUCUGUUGGAUGUAGAAGCAAGUGAAGGUGGAUAUGGUUGUUGUGUUCUUGAUCUUGGGUAUCGAUCUGGUAUUUACUCGACUCAAGACAAGUGUGCUAAGUAUGAAGGGGCAUUUAAACCAGGGUUGACAUGCAAGGCAUAUGCACAAUGGUCAUCUGACUCGGUUUUGGUUGAAUUUCGGCCUUGUUGUACAACUAUAACUGGACAGUGCACACUUACUAGCAAAGAUUUGUGUGAUUUUUAUGAAGGAACUUAUUUUCAGGAUAAGGAGAAUUGCUCAGAGGUGAAUUGUCUUAGUGGAGUGUGUGGAAUGGGUGGUCUGUCAAGUGAUGAGACAAAUCCAUAUUUACCAAGUAAUCCUAGUCAAGGAUGGAGGUUUGUUCUUCCACUUUUAUUCCAUACUGGUGUUAUUCAUCUGGCUGCUGUCAUUGUUCUGCAACUGUUGAUUGGAUGGAAUAUUGAGAAAACUGCUGGCUGGUUUAGAGUUCUACUGAUUUAUUUUCUCAGUGGAGUCGGUGGUUAUAUUGUGAGUGGUAUAUUCGUUCCAUAUCAGCCGACAGUUGGAGCAUCGCCGUCCGUGUUCGGUCUUCUUGGAGUUCUUGUUGUAGAGCUUUUUCAAUCUUGGCAACUUAUUGAGAGAAAGUUGUGGGCUGUCAUCAAACUCUCUCUCUUGAUUCUACUAUUUCUCAUGAUAGGCACUUUGCCGUAUGUUGAUAACUUUGCUCAUCUUGGUGGCUUCUGUUUUGGCAUUGUUGCUGGCGUCAUUUUUCUGCCUUACAUCACAUUUGGCAAAUGGGAUGCUCGUCGUAAGCGUAUUCUUCUUAUCAUUGCUAUCCCUGGUCUUAUCUUUAUGUACAUCAUUGGCUUGGUUGUAUUUUAUGUGGUGCAAAAUACUAAUUUUUGUCCAAAUUGCAAGUAUGUCAACUGCAUUCCAUACACAUCUUCAAUUUGUGAAGAUGCAUUUGCAAGCCCUGAUCCAGACAAUGUGGCUCUUUGAGGACAUGGUUUUGACAAUGAAUUGACAAAGUAGAUCGAGUUGUUUGUGUUUCGUGCUCUUUUCUUUGUUGCAUAGUACAUUUAUCUGUUCAAGUGCACUGUUGCUAUAUAUGUAUUUUACAACAUUGACAACACGUUUUUACAUAUUUUAUGACUGUGUUGCAGUAGUCAAUUGGCUACAUGUAUAGUGCAGUAUAAUAGGUAUGUUGUGUUAUAACCUAAUGCAGUCAUUUGUUUGUCUUGUGUUACAACAUUAUGGAAAUUUCAUGGAGAA